UCAUCAUCAUCUAUUUUAAACAUUUAAUAAGAAAUCUACGGCACAGAAUAUAUCGGGUUUUUUUAUGUAACUGCAUUAAUUUUAAUUGAAAUCGGAAUAAACGGAGACUCCCGAUAUCUGUAUUUAUAUUUGAGCAGAUUUCUGUUUAAAUAGUAUAAUUACCCGGGUUUGACAAUGCCGCAUUGUUGCUCGUGUAUUGGACGUUACUGGGAGAUGCUGGUUUUUACUGGGAUGGUACUUCUCGCCCUGUCGCUGGACGGUGCAUCUGCAACCGAUUCAACAGCGAUUAGCUACACGGGCAGCACGGAACCGUACGGGCCUGGCAACAUGGGCCGAACCGAGCAGCCGGCUUCCACAGUCCAGUCUGCCUCCGACGCCGGCUUGGAAGAUGUUUCGAAGCAACCCGAGUCGGGUCCAGAAGUUCUGAUGGAGUUCGGAGAUGAGAGCCCGACUUCCAGCGAAAGCACCCCGUCCCCGGACAAAGCUGUCUCCAAGGCAACCCCGGAAACCAGUCCCGGGACACGGACGUUUUCUCGCGCUUACGACAUGCCCCUCUGUACCUGUGACAUCACUCCAGGGGUUUGUGACCUCAAUUGCUGCUGUGACAUCACAGACUGUGACCUCACAGAUGGGCCUGAGUCUGUUUUCACACACUGCACCCCUGGGAGUAAAAGGCUCCCUGAUUGGCAGUGUUUUUCAGACUCUUUGCUGUUCCGCAGUAACGCUCCAAGCUCAGCUGAGAUCCAGACAGAUGGACAGACGAGGCGCUUCUGUGUGCGGACAGACAACUCUCGCUCGAAUUAUUUCUGGACCCCCCCAGUGGAACCCAGUGAGUUGGUGAGAAGCCCCCCUUCAUUCACCCCUCGAACCCUGAGCCAGCCCUCCAGCUCAAAACAGUACAAGGCUGGUGAUCUCCUCCUCUCUUUCUUCCCCUCCUCCUCUGCGGUUGGUUCUUUCAGUCAGCCGGCGCCCAGCGGAGUGAACGGGCUGUGUGUCGACGCCAAUCCUGCAGGAUUUCUGCUGAACACAACGCUGACUUGCACACGACUUCUGACCCCCACGUCCUGUGCGAGUGACCCCUCCCUUCGGGCGACCACUUACCACUCCUUCAGAAUACUGCGGAUUCCCAGUGCAGAGAGUGCCAACCAGACUGAUAUGCAGAUCCCAGUGCACCCAGUAUCUAAAUGGGAAGACCCAGUGGUUGAUGGAGAGUUCUGUAAGAACGUCGUGAUGGAGGUCUCCUCCGUGUUUGUGCACACCUCCGCUGGUGAGAUCUCGAAUGUGUCUGUGGAAUUAUCCCUGAGCAACGUGUCCCUGUCUGAAUCGACACUGCGCCAGACGCACCGCACACAGUUCAGGGCUGCCUCCUCUCCCUCCCCUCCUCCCCCAUCCACUCCUCUUCAGUCUGGGCUGGUGUGGGGCUCCCCUGUGAUGGGUCGAUUCAAUGGCAGAGCCCAGCCAAUCUCCACUCUGAGUGGCUCAGUGAACGGACUUUGCUCAGGUGAUUCUCGAACCCCGAUCCUGUUCAGAGAGAACCUGCUCACAGGCUGCCAGCUCAGCUCGGUUUUUCAGAACUGUUCUCAGUUUCGUUCUGAGCUCUACGGAAUUCUCAGAGGGGUUGCGACCCCUCAGGACAUCGCCAUGGUGAGGAAUGCCCGUCCGGGAGAGGACUCUGAUUGGACGAGAGUCAUCCAAGAAGACUGCCCCGCUCCUGCCCAGGCUGUAGAGUCCUGUGUUUCAGGGUGCCUCGUCCCCGUCUCUCUCUCUCUCCGGUUCCUCUGGGCUCAGAGGGGGCUCCUGACCCACCCCCAGGGGCAAAUCCUAGGGGCAAAAUCCAGCAUGAGGUGCACCCUACUGCAGUGUUCUGCCAGUCCUGUUACCUUGACAACAGAAGUCUCAUUCGUUGACACCACUGUCUACCCAGCAUCCCCCAGGGGCCAGCCCCAACCUGAUUGGAAGCUUCCCUUUGAUUUCUUCUACCCAAUCAGAGCUGCAGUGAGCCAGGCUGACAGACAGGGGGCAGCAUGGAGCUGUUUGUGCAUCUCCAUUGUGACAUCGCUAAACCUGCUGUGGAACUGACCUCGUGAUUUCAUGUAGAAAAAAUAGCAUCGUCUCAUUCAAACUGGAUCAUUUUC